AAAUCAUUGUCGACCAUGGCGGAAUGUGUUCGACUUGACAGCAGCACAAGUAGUCAUACCAUGGAUAAAAGCAUUACUCUGCCGCCCGACGAGAUAUUCCGCAAUCUGGAAAAUGCAAAACGGUUCGCAAUUGACAUAGGUACGUGUGUAUUUGAAAGUUUUCUCCUUUUAAUCAGCAGUUAUUGCUCUAACGGCUCUUAUCUCCGUGUUUAUGGAGAAGCUUCUCCGCAGCCUGAUACUAUAACACAUGACUUGAAGAGAAAGUAAACAAGACACAGCUAAUGUUAGCCGCUCAAAGUCGGUUAUAAAUCAAAGUUAAUCAUUAGAAAGCGUCUUUAUCUCGGAACUGAACGUCUUUGAUUCAGAAUUAUCUUUAUGCAGUGAGGUAAAUGUGUCUGUAACAACCUGCACAACUUCAACAAGUACAGCAGCGUUAUCAGUUAGCAAGCCUGAGUCAAGGUUUCAGUGUCUCUGUUAGCUUACACUACGGGCUCUCAGUUCAUGAAAUACCUUUUUAAUGUCACGUUAUUAAUCAUUAAUAUGUAGCUGGUCAUAAAUUGUUUUCUCAGAGGAUUUAUUAGUGCUGUUUUGAUUUAACAGGUGGGUCCCUCACGAAACUUGCCUACUACUCCACUGUGCAACACAAAGUGGCCAAAGUACGAUCUUUCGACCACAAUACCAAGGUAACCUAUCUACUUCAGUCUCAUGUUAAAACGACACUAUCCCGGGUAUCAUUUAAGAUUAUUACCUGCAGCUAAAUUUGCCUCCAGUUCUGGACGAAGUACACAAAUUCAUUUCUUAAACAGAAGUUGAGAUAUGCGAAUGUUGCUCAGUAAAACACACAAGAACACUUACUUGAAAUACUGAAGUAUUCAAAGUAUUUUAAAGAAUCUCAGAAUGUUGUAUUUUUGCUUGGAUAGAUCACACUUAGAAUAACAUGUCUUUUACAUCAGAUUUUUGGAAAGAAAAGAAAAUUUAACAGCUGACUUUAAUGCAAAAGUGAGUAAUGAUGACAUUUGUCAAAAUUCAGAGUUAAAUGUGUAAUGUUUAUUUGUGUAAAUUAUACACAAAAGUAUAGAAAAGAUGCUCAAGUGAAUUCAUUUUGUUACUGUCCACUACUGUCUGCAGUUAAAUCUUCUACUUCUUCACACCAAUUUACUGUUCCCGAAAUCAUUUCAAUACCAGGACAUAAUCAACAGCCUUCCUGUCUCCUCUGUGUUUCCGUCCCUCCAGGAGGCUGCCAGUGACAAGCUGUAUGAAAUAUCAGUGCAGGAGGAAGUCACUGCACGCCUGCACUUUAUCAAGUUUGAAAAUGCUUAUAUCGAAACGUGUUUGGACUUUAUCAAAGACCACCUGGUCAACACAGACACCAAAGUCAUCAAAGCCACAGGCGGAGGAGCGCACAAGUUUAAAGAGCUCAUCGAGCGGAAACUUGGACUCAAGUGAGUAAACAAGAAACAGAAACACUGAGUCAUUAUCUGUGCUGUGUCACCCUGUGUUUGUCUGAUGCUGUUCAGUUCUGUAUGUAGCAACAAAAACAGGAAGGGCCCUUAUUGUAUGUGUUCAUACACAAAGCAACAUCCUGUCCUAUUCCUUUAAACCAGAUUGAUUCAGGGGUCACAUAUAAUUGUUCAGCUGAUCCCACAAAGGCUAUUUCAAAUUUAUGUAACCAGGAAAGCCUCAUUGAAAUCUAAAUGUCUUCCACAGAGUUUCCCUGAACACUCAGGUCAGCAUGUUUUGGGUCAAAUAACAUAAAGUCAUCAGUUAAAGCAUCUGCAGCCUGAUGCAUCCUCCAGCAAUGCUUUUAAAAACAUCCAUAGGCACCAGCACUCUCAGGCCUGAAUCCUCCUGCAGCUGAUUCAGAACUACUGCAGCAGCAUUCUUUAGAUGCUUUUUUUGAUUUCUAGACAUGUUCUGGGAAAAGAGGGAAAAAAUAAGCCAUGAGAAUUAGUCGCAAAGCAAAGAUUGUAGCUUCCAGUAAUUUUCAAAUGAAUAUGAUUACAUAAAUGAGAGGGCAACAACUUCAGAAUUGCUUUAUUAACCAGGACAUGACAGUGAUUUACAGUAGUCCAUAGGGUGGACACAUGGGGAGCAGCAAUGAGUUAGGGCCCUGGUUGUUGUAAUGAACCCCACUGCUUCAUGAUAAACAGUAUACACAGUGUGGAGGCAAAGAGAAGGUCAAUGCAUGUAUAAAACGUCACCAUAUUCAAUAAGAUGUCUAAACACGGCAGUGACAAGUCGUUUCUUAUUUUUAAAUCAAAGCAAGGCUGCCACUUCAGCCUCUAACAACUUCACUGAGUAUACAGCUGUCAUCACUCUGACACAUGGCUACUUUAGCCGAUAUUGUGAAUUCUGCAGAAAGUAGAGCGCCCUAUUGAAGUUUCAGUGAAAUCAAACUAACAGAAGGAGAGGGCUGUCUCUGGACACCCCUGCUAGAACAAAUGUCUGUGUUAUUCUAAGAGGGUUUGGUUCAUAAAAUCACUGAUAACAGGUCUGCGUCUUCAUAGACAGGCCUUUAUCAGCGUCAGAGUUUUUACUGUUAAUGCCAUGUUCAAAAUCACGCCUUUGGCUCGAGGUAGAGUCCCUGAAGACAGCCCUGUAGCUCUUCUUGUUCUGUAUGUAAAUUUUAAUGUGUUUUUUUUCCCCCAGUUGAACUCGAAAUAGUCAAGCCUCUGCUGUCAGUUUUGUGAUGAUGAUGAAUGGAGCUGAUUAACUCUUCAUGUGCUGUCUCUUUUCAGUGUGGACAAAGAGGACGAGAUGACCUGCCUCAUUAAGGGCUGUAACUUUGUGCUGAAGAACAUUCCUCAUGAGGCUUUCGUUUAUGCCAAGCACGCCGACUCUGAGUUUCGAUUUCAGACAACAUAUCCAGAGAUUUUCCCCUACCUGCUCGUAAACAUUGGCUCCGGCGUGUCCAUAGUCAAGGUAAAAAAUGACCCAAACAUCUCUCUGGGAAGCGGGCAGUUCAAAGUUUAACUAACACAACUCAGUGAGUCAGACAAUUUAUCAGUGGUUCUUUUUGACAAUACAUCAACUUUAAGAAAAUAACAGAUUAUUCCUCCAUUUCCAGAGUGGCAGUGGAUUACUUAUGCUGUUUGAAGCUCAUGUGAGGAGUUUUUUGCUGGUUAUUAAACAAACAGCUGCUUCUACAUGACCUUCAGAAGCAAACAAGACAACCAGUGUCAAAGCUGAUAAUCCUUAAUAGCAGCUUUUAAGGCAUUAAAGUAGAGCUUGGCGACAAACUGAAAAUUUACAACAAUAACCAACGUCAUUUCGCCUAUGUCAAUACAUUUAGUGUCAAAAAAAUAAAUAAAUAAAAGUUGGUUUUGGAUGUGUGUAGGCAUGCUAUGAUCUCAUGCCCCUUUAAGACGCUGUCCUACGUGGGAGACCUGACUCCACCCCAUCCAGUCUGUAACAAAGAGGGAAAGACAGGUUAGGAGAUGGAGGACCGUCCAAAAGUUGUAGCGGCUGGAGCGGCAGCUGAAGUAGACAAAGUUAAUGUGGGAGGGGGUGAGCAGCUUGUGGAGUAGUUAUCGUCCAUUUAUCGUUAUCGAGGUGAACUGCUCAAUAUAUCGUGAUGUUGAUUAGAGGUCAUAUCGCCCAGCCCUACUUUAAAGCUCCUAUGAGGGUUUUUAGUAGGUUAUGAAGCAGACUGAAAUGAACAGUGUUACAUCUCUAUGAAGUAAAAAAACAAAUGAGAUCAUCAAUGACAGGACUGACUCCGGAUGACUAACAAACAUUUAUAUAAGUGUUUCUGCUCUUUUUAUGUUUACUCAGUGGGAUCACAUCUUCCUGCUUUCCUCUUCAACAGGUUGAAUCAGAGGACAAAUUCGAGCGAAUAGGAGGAAGUUCGAUAGGCGGAGGGACGUUCUGGGGCCUUGGAGCUUUACUCACUAAAACAAAGGUCAGUCUAAACGGCUUCUCUGCUGGACUGGCAAAGCUUUGGCACUGAAGGUUUGUUUUCAGAAGGUGUGCUUCCUCAAGCCUUAUCACCUUUAUCCCCUUUAUCUCUUCUGCAGAGAUUUGAUGAGCUGCUCCAGUUGGCCUCUAGGGGGCAGCACACAAAUGUCGACAUGCUGGUGAAAGAUAUCUAUGGAGGGUCUUAUGGGUCGCUUGGCUUGACCGGAGAUCUGAUUGCGAGCAGUUUUGGCAAGUCUGCGACUGCUGAUAAAGGUGACACAAUUCAAAACAUUUACUGACAUUUAUGCAAAAAUUUCAUUUAUGAGACACUGAGUUAAUGAAGCACCUAUAAAUGAACUACCUUUAUAUUAAUCCUCAUUCAUCACUGUUACAGCUUAUUAUCACCUCUGUGACUCCAACCUGACUCAAACUACUUCAGCUGAAAACUUUACAAAUAAAGGGAGAUUUUAGCUCUUUAGAGGAUGUCACAAUCUGUCACACGUGUGACAGGAACUUAAAAUGGUUCAGUUUUAGCAUGGCAAAACCCUCAGUGAAGCACACUGAUGACCUCUCACCCAGUUUGGAUACAGCUUUGUUCUUUGUAUGUUCCUGUUGCUGUUAUGAAAUGUGAUGAUGGCAGCACUAAACAGAAAGUCACAACUUUUUCUGGCAGAUCCUGCUGCUGUCCAUCCAUCUGCUGCAGUCAAGCAAAUAUUGAGCGAUGGACACGGUUUCAGUGUCGAAAUAAGAAACCUUAUUGUGACACUGGGAACAUUUUAUCUUCAAUUCAGUCUUAAACCUACAGAACAGCAGCAGGGUUUCUCCAAAUGCUCACAAGAAUCAACACCGCAUGAGCAGCAAACUCCUCAUUAUGCCUUUAAGUUUGUCAAAGUUCUCUUCAUUCUUUGUUGUGCAUUUAUUUCAUAUUGUUGCAUUUCUCUUUAUCCUCAUAGAGUUUUCUAAAGAAGACAUGGCAAAGAGUUUACUCCACAUGAUCAGUAACGACAUCGGGCAGCUGGCCUGUCUGUACGCGAAGCUGCACAACCUGUCCAGAGUUUAUUUUGGAGGCUUCUUCAUCCGUGGACAUCCGGUCACCAUGCACACCAUCACCUACAGCAUCAACUUCUUCACCAAGGUAAGGACUCGUUCUCUACCCUGCGCCUCCAAUCCUGCCUCUUAAAGCAUGACUGCUGUAUUAAAUUACACACUGAGCACGAGGGACUCUGAGCUCUUAAUGUGCUCCUUGAGUCUUGGACUCGGUUUGUUAUCAGCUGAACUUUGCAGAGUUUCCCCUCUAACCCAGAUUUUUAUGAUCUAACCCCCCCCCCCCCCCUCCUCCUCCUCCUCCUCCUCCUCUGUUGCUGUAGGGUGAAGUUCAGGCCUUGUUCCUGAGACAUGAAGGUUACCUGGGAGCAAUUGGAGCAUUUCUUAAAGGAGCAGAGGAGGACAGUAAGGAAAAAAAACUUAAGAUUCACAUCACUGUCCUCUCUUUGGUGUCUCUCCUCAGUAUCAUCCUCUUCCAUUCAUUGUUAUUGAUGUGUACAAAUUCAAGCUGAUUUAAUUGGAGUUUUAUGUUAUGGAAAAACAAAUAAAGACAGAGAAAUUAUUUGUCAUUACUGCCUGAGGUACCAGGCUUGUAUUUGAGGCUUUCAUAUCAAACUCUCUCUGUCUGAAGAGUGAAGUUGCUGGCUUGUGCUCACGAUAAACCAAGAAGUCCUCAUCUGAUUCCAAAGCUCACUGCAAAAAUAGUUGAAAAGUAUAUCAGAGCCGAGAGAGCAGAGAGAGGGUUGAGAAGUUGUGAUUACUCCAGCAGCUUUUCAGUCAGACCUGUGGGAGCAUUUUGGCUCCACUGUGUCGAGAAAUCAGAUAGGAGAAAAGGUGAUGAAUGAACAACAACAACAACACUGGCUUUGAGCUGAAUUAAGUCUGCCAGCUUUCAGUCGCGAGAAGAAAGUCACAUCCUCCUCCUCCUCCUCCUCUUCCACUCAAAGCAGCUUCUGUGAUCACAUCCAAACUCAAAAACAGGGAACCAAUGUCAACAUCAGUCUUUAAACCUGCAGGAACAGCUGGUUAGCUAACCAGAAGAGCUGACAUAUGGUUACAUAAAGACGUGUUCAAAGUCUGUUUAGUGAAAUAACAGGAAAAUAGAUGAAAUGAAGUGCUGUCAGAAGUGAGUGCACAACCUUGCAAAUAAUCAGAAACUGCCUUUUGCUCACCAACAAAGGAUGUGAUCCCAGCUGUAACAAGGGGUCCAGGACGAAGAGAGGACUUGUGUUCAUCCAAGGAUUUUAUUAUUAUUUGGGAUUUGGCAGGGUAUUCAAAAUCGUUUUAAUUCAGAAAAACCUUAAAAAUGUCAGUGUGAAACCACCGACUCACCCUUCGUAUUAACCUGUGAAACACGGUUUCUGAUUCUCUACUGUAGUCCUCUCACACAACAUGAAAGUCCUCUUUCUCAGAGUCAGAGCCGACCUGACUGGAAAGUUGUUGUCUUACAGGAAGCAGAUUCUUGCAUGUUUUCAGCGGUGACAGGAAUGAAUAAAAUCCCUGCACAUCAGCUGUAAAACCACUCAACCUUCCUGUUCCUGUCAUUAGCUUAAAGACAUUCAACUAAGAGCCAAGACAGAGUCAAGAAAAGCUGCCUAAGGUUCUGAUGCCAAACAACAGAAAUGUGAAAUUCUGAUCAUAUCAAAUGUAAUAAAACACUUAAUGCUCUCGCGUAGAUCCAAACCAGUACAGCUGGGGGGAGAAUUAUGCUGGAAGCUCCGGCCUGAUGAGCGUUUCUCCAGAUAUGAAUCCCAUGCAGAGAGCUCGGAGUGGAACGGUGAGUCUGAUAAAGACCUGAAUUUUUCACUCUUUCAUCAGUCAGUUGUUAUCUUAUUACACCCAACGUAAACCUCAUAUUAAUAUUCAUCUGUGUAUUUCCGACCACCUUCUCUCAUCAUUCAGAGUCACUCAUUAAUUGUGAAUAAUCUCUUUCCCUCUCCACACAUCCUUCCUUCUUUUUCAUUCACUCCUUCAGUUUUCUGUAAGUACCUCUGUCUGCCUGUGCUCUGGUUUGACGGCAUUUUGCUCUUGUGCAGCUGUUGACACUCCACUUGAGUAUCUAGUCAUGUCAGAUGUUUGCUUUGUUUACUUGCUGCAGGAUGACGGUUUGGUAUUUUUAGCGAUGCCUAGAUCUGAUGGAAACUGUUGCUUCAGCAUUUGUUCCUUAUGAAAUCCCUCUAAGCUCAUAUAAUUUGCUGUGAAGGUGGAAAAUUAGAGUGUUUAGUGUGUUUAGACUGCUGCUUUGGCUCCUUGGGGACUUUUCCGGCUUCCUUAAACCAUCAGGAGCUUCGAACCUCUGUUAACUCUCACUAAUAGUUCCUGCUUCCCUUCAGCUUUCAUUAGGUGGUUUUCAUCAGCAGUGUGAUACUCGCCUGCAGAUGAAGUAUUGGCUCAUCUUUGGUGCUUGUCCACCAGAUUUGGUGUUUUCUUUGACAACAACCACUUUCCUCUAAUGGACUAUUGAUUUUCUCUUUAACCGCUCAUGAACUUUUCCUCUUUUUCCUCCUUAAUACAUCUUCUCUGCUUUUGAAGUUGUUGCAGUGAAAGAAAACUAACAUGAGUGAAAAGACAAUGAAGUGUUGCUAGUUCAAAGGGAAAUAUUUGGGUUAAAAUCCUGGAAUAAUGGCCUGCUGGAAUGGGCCAGAAUAGUUUUAAAACUGUGAGUCUGAAUGCAUAAAACACGUAAAUCAUGUUUCUUUGUUGUGUCUAGUUUGACAUGCUGGAGAUGGACCGCCUAGAGAGGCAGCUGGUGAAUCUCCCGCUGCUUCAGGACGCGUCAUCAUACAUCCCCGACACUGUGGAUCUCACAGAGGAUGCUCUCGCCCGCGAGUACUGGCUCUACUGCUUUGAAGACGCUCUAGACGGGGUACAGUAGCAAUAGCACACUUUUUAAAAAACAAUAAUACUUCAGAUGGAGACGUCUCUGUUGUGACCAACAGACCUAAAAUUGAUUUCAAAUAAUAGUACUUAUGUCGACCAAUAAAACACACAUUAUUUGAUCAAUUUUUAUCAUGCCCCUUAAGUUCUUUGUGUGCUCCUUACUUUUUCAACGUAGGAGCACAUGUGCUCCCUCUGAAAAAAGUUAUUGUCAAGCCCUGAUGUAUAUUGGGUAUUGGAAAACAACCUACUGUAAACAAAGAAACACAGAAACAGAGACAGAAAGGCAGCAGGAAAUCAAAGUAAUAGUGACAGCUGAACAGUUUUUGUUUCAAUGAUGAUGUUCUGCAGGAUAUAUCACAAGCUCAAGAUUGUCUAGUUUUGUGAUCUAUUAAAAAUCUAUUGUAUGUAACUAAUAAAAGCUAUCAAUUCACAGGUGGGAUGUCAGUCAGGCCUUUAAUUAUGUUGAUAAAGUCUUCAAAAGGUCUUAAAAGGCAUCGAAUGUAUCCUCAUGAUUCCUGUUUUAAUAUUGCGUAUGUACCAAACAGGAUUGUAAGUGUGGAACAUCCCUUUAAUGUUAAGUUUGUGAUCAGUGCAAACAAAAUUGAUGGGAAAAUGUGCACACUGGUUGGUGAACUCUGACUCAUUCAGAUGCAGGGAAACUGUCCCUCAUUAACUAUCCUGACGCUGACUGACUCGUGUCAUCAUAACCUCAAAAAUCUGUUUAUUUUCUUUAACACAAACAUGGCUGGCUGUUUCCAAGAGGAUACACUGAGGAUAUGAAUGCAUUUCUUUAAGACCAGAAAACAUUGAACCAGCUUUGUCUCACCUUCACAUCCCUUCAAAGACCAGAAGAAAACACUUUUGGAUGGAUUUGAACUCACGGUCUGCUCUCUGACCUUCGCUUCCUUCAGGAGAGCCUCCAUUUCAGUGUCAGAAACUUUGAUUUCUUCACCUUUGUCUCUGUUGUUGUUUUUCAGGAGGUUUGUUUUUAAUUUUUUUAUAAUUAAUUUUGAGAGGCUAGGACAGUGGAUAGAGCAGAAAACACGAGGGGAGAGCUGGGAAAGAAGAUGCAGGUCUAACUUGAUCUUCGGCCUUGAGGACUAUAACCUCUGAAAAAGAGGCGUGUAGACCGCCAAGCCAGCAGCACCCUAGUGGAAGAACCUUUGAUCUGAUUGCUCAUUUUGGUGCUUUUUUAUUCAUAAGGUGUUUUACACUGACCAUUCUAGAGGCUGUGUAGAAGGCUUAAUCCAAGGCUGAUCCAUGUGCACAUACUCUCAGGUGGAUCGUAGUGUGCAAGUGUGUACUCACUGUAUUAUUCAUCUGAAUUGUGCAGGCAAUUCUUGUGCUUCUGGCGUAUGCACACUCAGUAUGGAUUUCAUGCACUGUUUUAUAAAUGAGACUGCUGAUCUUCUGCAGUCAGAGCAGCUAAGUAGAAACAUGUCACUCACAGUUCUGCAGGACGAGCAGGAGAGAAGUAGAAAGCUGGUGAUAGAAUAACGAGAUAAAGAAGUCAAAAAUCUUCUCCUAACCAGCUGGUAACUGUUCUCCAUGUUUUCUGAGCAGGUGGUAAAGAGAGCUGUGGCGAGUCAGCCCGACAUGCCCGAGGCGGCAGAGCGAGCCGAGAAGUUCCGACACAAAUACAGACACAAACUCCAGACCCUUCGCCACCAGCCUUUGUAAGAACGGAUCUCUUUUCUUCUUUGCUGCUUUUAGUGAACUAAACCUCGAGUCUUUUCUUUAACUUCUGCUGUAGUUUCACGUUUUCUGACCUUCUGUAUCUAAUGAUGCGCUCGGAGGGUGAAACUGUUUAUCUGCUGAUGUGAUCUUAGAGUCAGACACAGUAUUUCAAUGUGAGUCGAUAUUGCAACUUGAGCAAAAACCCUCCAAAAUGCCUGAAACUAGCCUGGCGCUUCAACAGGAAGUCUACCCUGCUGUGUGUGUGUUUGUGUGUGUUUGUGUUUUCUCUCUUGCUAAUGUAGAGUGCUUCUCUUCUCACCUAGUGCUUACGGAUCCCUCACUGUCAGAAGUCUGUUAGACACGAGGGAACACUGUUUAAACGAGUUCAACUUUCCUGAUCCCUACUCCAAGGUCUGACUCACAUCUAUAUCUACAUACUGUCUUUUCGUUUGUAUGUCUGAAUUACCAGCCCCAGACAGCUUUUAUGGUUUACUUAUUUAUUUACUCAUUUUUAUUUUUUUUACCAUCGAGUCCUCCUCAAACAUGAGUGGGAUAAAAAAAAAAAAAAAAAGUAUCUUUAUAUCUUUAUUUCAAUUCCUUUAUACCACUGAUACUGUUCUGUAGUGGUUCUAAGUUCUGGUUCAGGACCAACAAGUGUUCUUCUUUAAGAACUAACCAGCUCCUCAGCUCACAGCACUACAGACAAACUCAUCAUACAGAGACUGUUUGUCUCAUUACUUGUUAAAAGAUCGUGUUCCACUUCAGCCUCUUUGUACCAAGUCAACCAAACAAACCAUGUCCACAUAUUUAUGAACAACACUCUGGAUUUAAUCGUCUGUAUGAGUAAAAAUGGCUGCUGAUGCAAAAUGCAAGUGUUGAUUUUCAAUCUUUCAAAUCUGUUUAACCAGGAAAGCCUCAGUCAGGCUGAAGUCUCUCUUAACCAGGGUGUCUCGGCAGAGAUCAGCAUGUCUCAGACUAGAGAUGCAGAUUCCAUCUGUAGUAACAACGAUCCUAAAAAAGGAAAAUGACAAAAACACGACCACAGUUGUUUUCCUCCCUAAAUCCUACAUUUCUCACAGCAGCAUAAUGGGUUUAACUGACUGUAUUCAAAUCUACAGAGCCUUUAAAAGCACAGAGAUUGUUAAACAUGCUGAAUAUCAACACCUGGAGCAGGAUUAUAGAAAUGAUCUCUGUGGACGUAAAGGGAGCAGCAAUAAAUUCUGAUGUGGAGUUGGUCAGUUAACUGUCCGUCACUAAUCCUUCAGACUGAAUCACAAUGCAAAAAAUCAGAUCUUACCAAAAGUAUUCCUCUACUGUAUCUAAUUCACCUCAAUGUCAGCUACAUUCACCUGAAAAGUCCAGAUAAAACAAAGUUUUUUAAGCGAAAAAUGAAUCCUUUGAUGUAAUUUCUCAUGAAAGAAUACUAAUAAGUGUAAUAAGUGCAUUACAAGCAACACGUCUUAGUUUUUGCCUUUAAUAUCUUGAUUAUAGAUGUGUACAGAGAUAUUAUGAGUAGUGAUCAGACAAAUACUCUCGGUAAGAUUUCAGUUAUUUUGCAGUGCAGUAUUUCGAGCGUUGGUGUAUGAUCAUGUUUUAUGUCAACCCUAUGGUUUAAAGUCAUUACUUCUCUGAUUGCAGCAUGUGGGUCGUUUAUCUCCUGUUGUGUUUCAUCCUUCUGUCCCUCCUUUUUGUGCUCUCACAGAUCAAACAGAGGGAGAACGACGGGGCUUUGAAAUACUACCAGAAGGCGGUGAAGUCCCUUGAUGAGCUGAGCUGGGAGGAGAGACAGUUCGCCCUCGUCAGGGGCGUCCUGGCCGGGAACGUGUUCGACUGGGGAGCCAAGGCCGUGUCAGAGUGAGUGGUUUUGAUUUCUUGUGAGCAGAGUGGUGGAUUGCUCCGUCUGCUUUGUCUUGAAGAGUUUUUUUCACUGCUGUGUUUGGCCUUUUUGUUGUCCUGCAGUGUCCUUGAAUCUGAUCCAGAGUUUGGGUUUGAGCAGGCGAAACGACAGUUAGAAGGUAAGCGAGUAUUUCUCUCCUUUUUGAGUUUCAUUUCUCUGUGUAGUUUUCACACACUUGGCAUCAGACUGAUGUGGUUUUUACUGCAUCUUUUAAAGUCUCUGAUAAGAACAGUGUGAAGUUAGUGGGUAUGAUACUUCUUGUUCAUUGACUAAUUUUACCUUUUAAUCUUUUUUUUUUUCCUCCUCAGAGCGACCGUGGCUCAUCGAUUCGUACGAUCAGUGGUUUGAGAGACUAAAGGUCAGGAUCCUUGUUUUUCUUUUAAACUUGCAGUUCCUGGCAAAGAUCAAUUUCUGGGGGUUUUCAUGCCUUUAUUCAGAACAAUGGUUAUGUUCUUUCAGGAAAUGCUUAAAAUUUCAUGAUCUGACCAAAAGAAGAGAAGAAAAGCACAUAAUACACUGUUUUAUCCAUCCAAACUACCUAAGAAGCUUGUUAUUAUGAAUUUUCUAACUCUCCCCGCCGAUGACAAGAUUGUCCAUCAAUCUCUGUUUUCAUUGUAAUACAUUUCUCGGUAAUUAAUCUAUUUAAUCUAUCUAUAAAUAUAUUUUUUUUAAACAAAAAUUUUUUAAAACAGAUUUAAAAAUGACUAACAUUUUAGAGUUAAAUGAGCUUUAUUGAUGAAAAUUGAAGCAUUGUAGUUUGUUUUGAUACAUUUUUAAUUAUAUGCUCAUCAGAGAAAUGUUAAUAAGGGGCAUGAAAGUGGACAAAAUUUGGUCAAAACUGCUAGCGGGGAAAGUUAAGUUAACAUCUGCAUGUUAUGUUUGGUAACCCCAGAGCUCAACAAAGACGAACACCACCCCCUCAAGUUGCGAACCUUGGGGGGGUAGAGGUUGAUGUACCUGAGUUCAGAUUUGGAACCAAGCUGACAAAAGACAGGACAAAAAGACAUCGACAGGCUUGUUUGUUUCAAAAUCCUCUGACCAGCAGCCUGAAGCUUGUUUUUACAGCCGCAGUGAGAAUGAGUGUUUAGACCAACAUACCUGAACUAUAAACCUUUUCAUCCAACCAUGCGUGAAAAGCUCUCCCACUCCCCUCUUCACACCUAAAACUACUGUUUUUUUAAUCACCCAUGCAUUUAAAAACUCAGAUAACAGCUCUUAAACCCUCAUUGUUCAUCUCUCAUGAGCUUGUGAAGUGUUUCUGUGGACGUUUUGAUGAUUAGUGCUUGAAAACAUCCAUCCUGGUUUUUCUCUUGCAGGGUCCUCCUCAUAAGUGUGCCUUGUUUUUCGUAGAUAAUAGUGGAGUAGACAUCAUUCUAGGCGUGAUGCCUUUUGUCCGAGAGCUUCUCUCUCGAGGAACAGAGGUGAGGAUCAAUAACAGCAACAUCUCAUGGAUCAAGUCUUUAAACAAGUGCUGACUCAGCUCCUCUGUCCUCUGUCAGGUUGUGUUGGCAAGCAACUCUGGUCCAGCUUUAAAUGACGUGACAAACGGUGAACUGCAGAUCCUGACAGAGAGAAUCGCUGCCAUGGAUUCAGUGAUUCAGUGAGUGUGUCAAAAAACAGGCAGCUCAUAGAUGUCAGUCCAUCUUUCAUCUAUUUUCAAAGACUUGAUGAAGGUCUCUGGUGAACUGUGGUGUGUUUUUUUGUGCAGAGCUGGUCUGAGAGAGGACCGGCUGACGUUAGUCCAGAGUGGUUCCAGUUCACCCUGCCUGGAUCUCAGGUGAGUUUUUUUUUUGCUUGAUUUCUCCUGGAUUUGUCCAGCUUGGACUGAGGGUGUGAAACCUAUGAAAAACAGAAAUCUGAACAUCUGCUGAAAAAAUUUAAUCGAUUUUAAAUAAUAUUAAUGUAAAAAAUUCUAUCCUCAAAGACUUGAAGCAGAGUAGUUCUAUUACAAUGCUCAGCCAUCGGCUAGUUUUCCCUGCCUGCCAAAGUUUCCAACAAGUCAGAGUUUGUUCAUGAAUGAGAGCACAGGAUAGACACCAUGGCCCUCAUUUAUCAAGCUUGCGUACACCUUGUGUACGUAAAAUGUGAUGUGAGGCAUUUCCCAAUCUGCACGUGUACGUACGCUACGACCAAAUCUCAAGACAGGUCUGACAUCGUGUACGCAAGUUUGAGUCAGCGUGGAUCUGCGGUGCAGAAAAUGUCUGUCUCAAACUAAUUGAUAAACAAACCUCAAAUCUGUCAUUAAGCACAAUCAGCUAGAUAUCAUUAAAGAUUAAGAUGUAAAUAAAAUAAAAUAAAUUUGUUAUGUCCUUAGUGAAUAGGCCUACACUAUAGGCCAAAAGUUUGGACGCAAGAUCAGAUUUGACAUACAAAAAAAAGAUCAUAGUUUCAUAUAUAUAAUUUGCAACACAAUAAACAUGACUGUUGUGUAAGAAGUAACUUAUCAGAAGACAUUUUGAUUAUAAUUAUUAGGUAUUUGACUUAUUGUUGCUUAGACUUUGCUUUCUUUAAAGUAACCUCCUCUGGCUUUAACAACAGCUUGGCACAUACCAGGCAUUCGUUCCACAAGUUUUUUAAGGUAUGUUCCAGGGAUUGCAUUCCAAGCUUUCUUAAGUUCAUUAAAAAGAGACUGCUGAUUUGUGGAACGCGCCUUACUGACCGAUCGCUCCAAUUCAUCCCGCACAAGCUCAACUGGAGAAAGAUCUGGAGACUGAGGGGGCCAAACCAUCUUUUGAAGAACACCUUCCUCUUCUUUUUUGUCUAGCUAACCUUGACAGAGCUUGGCAGAAUGCUUAGGGUCAUUGUCUUGCUGCAAAACAAACUUAUGAGCCACAAGUCUGAGUCCAGAUGGAACAGCAUGGUGCUGGAGGAUGGAGUGGUACUGUUCCUUCUUCAUGAUACUCUUUACUUCAAACAAAUCUCCUACUCCAUCACCUGCAAAACAUCCCCAUACCACGGAACUACCACCUCCAUGCUGAAUUGUGGGUGUAACACAUGAUGCUUUCAGACGUUCACCAGUUUGUCUGAGGACAUAGACUCUGCGUUUUGAACCAAACAGUGCAAACUUGUUUCUAGUCAUCAUAAGUCCAAUUUUUGUGAGCUUUUGCCCACUCAUAUCUUUUUUUCUUGUUCUGUGGACGAAGUAGUGGUUCUCAAACGUCUUUUCACAGUUGUCAGAGAUAUGGGUUACGACCUUGUCAUUUUGAUUUCCUCCCUUAUUUUUGGUGCUGUCUUUUGCCCAUCUCUCUUACUGGUGACAAUGCUAUGUUUAUCCUCUGCUUUUGUAUUAACUCCCUUUGUCCAGGCCUUUUUCUAUCAUCAUAACUUCCAGGUUCCUCUAGUCUCUUCAGAGUGUAGUGGACUCCUUUGUUAAACACCUUUAGGCGUUUUGCAAUUUUCUCUUUCUGUGUAUCCUUCUUUCCUCAAUGCACAAAUCUGUACUUUUGUUUCUUUACUCAGUUGCUUCUUUCUAGCCAUUUCUGCAGUAUUUUGAAUGCAGUUGAGAUUUAUUAGGAUUUUUGUAUGCAGACUCUCAAAAGCCAAAAAUUUAAAGUGAAUAAUCCAACUGUGAUUUGUUUUUUUGCUUUUGCACUGAAGUUGUGACUCUUGCAAAUGUUUUCGACCCUGCAACUAAGCCCUUAUUAUCUUUUCCUGACAUAUAUUUAGCAAUGGUCUGUUAACGUCAAUGUAUAUCUAAAGGUAAAUGGAGCAUUUCCAUGAAAGCAACAUCUGAUCAUGGAGUAAAUACAUCCCAAAAUACAUAAAACUCAUGCUGGAUUUUAAAAAAGCAUUGUGAACAAAAACUUGAAGUUACUACCAACUGUUUGGCCUGUAAUGGCCUUGCUUUCAAACUUUUGGCCUGUAGUGUAUAUGAUAACUCUGCCCAGAAACACUGCCACAGAGCAGGAGCGCUGUUUUAACAUUGCACACACACACACACACGCCCCACUGCGGAGCGCUGCGUUUGAAUCCUAAAAGGCAGCUAACUGUCUUGGCCCAGCAGCGGGGACGUUGUCGUACACCCCUGAAAGGGUGUGGGACAUCAGUUGGGCCAGCACAGUUUUGCACAAUGUUGCACUGGCAAAUAGAGUGCCGUUGGCUGUGCCGGUGCAAUGUGAGGACCCAAUGCCCUGAGAACAAUAACGAGGAGAGACUCCACCUUAUCAAUGGAUUCUGACAUGUAAAGUAUAAGUUUAGAAAGUGCUCUUGCUAUUUAAUCAGUGAUAAAAAUCAAAUAGAAAUCCGUGAAAAUGUGCCUCAGGGGCAGCAACACACCGUUUGGUGACGCUAAUUAUUUUUGUUCAGCCUCUGUCAGACUCUCCAGUCUGCUCUACAUUACAAAGACGCAACAAAUUAAAAUUAAAUACUUUUAAUAACAGGAGCAACGUACCCUGCGUCAUGGCAAUAAAAACAUAUGAGGCAUGUAUGAGAUAUUGAUUUAUCAUCAUGAGCAACUUAUUGACUAAUGAUUUAUUCAAACUUCAGCCACCAUAAUCCUGCUCCAGACAGGAGUUUUCAUGACUGCUUUAUACCAGUUUUGAUGCUUCCAAAGAGAAAAUCCUUGUUAGUUUCCACCACAGACGCGAGGAUAUCCACUUUCAGCUCGGAAAAGUUUCAAAUCUUUCUAAUAUUUCUCCUCUUUCAUGUUUGACCUCAGUGGGCGAGGCUUCUGAACAACAAAUAUUUAAGGGCGUGACAUUUUAAUGACGUCAUUUAAUUACGAUCAAUUUCAGCCGCUGCAUUUAUCAAGACCUGAUCAUACCUACGCGGGGAUUGGUCAGAUACGAACCCUUUCAUGAAUCUCACGUGUGUCCUAUCGUACUAUAAAUCCUGUGCUCAGUUCUACGCAAGAUUGAUAAAUGAGGGCCCAUGAGUGCAAACUUGAAGUUCAGCCAAAGGAUUCAGAGCUCCCUCUGCUGGCAGGUAAAAAUUAGGAGAAUCUGAGCAAGAGGGCAGAGUGAUCAUAUUGUUGAUAUUGAGUAAAAAUUUCCUGCCUUGGUCUUUACUGCACUGCUGUGUUUGUUUCUGCAACAUCACCAUACCUAAAGUGGUAUUAAUGCAUUCAUACUGGAAAAACAGAAAUGCAUCAAAGCAAACAAGUAAACUAUCGCUAACUAGAGAGCAUUCUACCUUUACUAGCAUUCACUUGGGAAGGUGUUUAAGCUCUGUUCUCUCUAAUGUUACCUGCCUCUAUCUUUCUGUCCCCAGCCGUCUAGACAAAGUUUUGGCAAAUGUGGUCAGGGAGCGUAAAACCGACCUAGUGAUCAUCGAGGGGAUGGGCCGAGCCAUCCACACCAACUACUACGCCAUGCUCAGCUGCGAGAGCCUCAAGAUGGCCGUCAUCAAGAACUCGUGGCUGGCCGACCGACUGGGAGGAAAGCUAUUCAGCGUGGUCUUCAAAUACGAGGUACCGCCUGGCAAACCGAGCCAGAACUCCGUAGCUGGGAUGCCAUCGUGAGCCAGACAGGGUUCAUGUCUGAGAAGGACAGAAUGUCAAAGUAGAGCAGCAGGAGCUCUGAAUGUAUGGAGGACGAGUGUAUACUACCACUGAGGGAGUGACUGAUUGCAAAGCUGAUUAUUAAGUGUUUUAGAGGUGAGCAUCAGCAGGAAGGUUUUUACUUUGUGUUUAAAAAAAGGUGGCUUCAUGGAGGAUUUGUCUUGAAUACUCUGCACAAUCACUUAGUUUUUUAUCGUUGUUUUCAACAUCUGGAGUUUGCUUUCAUAUGUGCGCCCACUGCAGGCUGUGUCAGGUUCAUUUCUACGGAACUUGGUGGAAAAAUUAGUCAAGCAAAGACAGCAAGCUAACUUUGACACACUGUCCAAAAACAUUGAAACAUCUCUUACAAGUUGGACAGUGUGCUGGAGAAAUGACAGAAAAACAAACUUUGAACUUUUUUGCACCAGUCUGUGAGCUGAGCACACAUAACCAAGCAGCAGUUUGCAGCAGACGACUUUCUUUCACCGGUUUGUGUUUUAGAAAAAGAGCUGCAGAGGUAACUCUUCCCAGUUGAAGUGUUUUAACGUGCCUUGAGGUUGAUGUGAUUGAAGCAUCAUUCACACAGAUUUCCAAGCUUUUAAUUCUUGUUGUAGACGACAAAAAAACAUCAAAAAUAUCAGCUUUUGUUUCCCAGAUAUCACAACAAACAUUAGUGUUGUGUUUUAGUUUUUGUCACUGCCGCUGAGAUAAUUGAGAUUAAUUUUGUAGUCACUGUGUAGCUGUUAAUGUGGCAUCAGGGAAAACUUGUGAUCAGGAGGGGAAGCAGUGCUUUAUCAAAGAGAUUUUGUUCCUCCACAAGGUGGCAGUGUUCGACUAUGGGUAGAUUUUUUUGAAUUCUGAUGAUUUCUCAAAUCCUUCCCAAGGUGCUUGGUGUCAAAUCAACACUGCAUAUUUCAGGUCAAAUAUUCCAACUGAGUCCGAUCAAAGCAUCUCUUCAAACAUUUCUCUGUCUCAUAGCAGACUGUGGCAUGAGUCUGCGGGUAACAGCGCUAGUAUAAGCUGAAAUCCAUCCCUGCAUCAAAACUGCAACUCUUGGAAUGCAAUAAUCUCGCAGCAUCUCAGAAAAACAAACUGAAAAACAGGAAUUUAAGUUGUGAUCUGAUUUAAAAUCCUGCCUCGGCGUGAAAAUGUUCUCUGAAUUUACACUUUCUUGAAAUGUGGAAUUUCACUGCAAUACUUAAUUGCCAUUUGUACAUAAAUGUGAUAUAGCAAAAUUUGUGUGUAUAUGUAUAUAUUUAUACACAUCUAUAAAUUCAUAUGCAUCACUUGAGUUAAGCACACCAAGCACAAUUUUGUGUAUUAUUCUCCUGACAAUCAGUUUUAAUUAAAUGGUGCAAACCGUUAUUUUACUCCUUUCAUGUGUCAAUCUGUGUUUGUUCCUC